AUGAAUUCCAAUAAUCGUACCAAAAACCAUUUUGAAAAUGAUUCCGACGAUCCACCGGUGCCCAAGCCACGCCAACGUACCUUGAAAGAUUUGGAAAACAUCAAUAAAGGAACUCGUGCGGUUAAAUUUACCUCAGACGGUAGGAAGGUACAAAUUCCUUUGGAUUAUAAUGCCAUAGCAGACAUUUUUCCAUCCAUGGACCAUAAGGCAAUGGGCGAUAAUAAUUUGAAGGCAAUAGAAAACGAACCUGGUUGUCCCAUCCCAUCAAUCGACCCAAAGCUUCUUUCGGUUAAAGAACACCCAAAGGAGUUACUUGCACCAGAAAAUAAUGUCAAAGAUACUCCACGUUCACGAGCCCUUAAACAUGCCGAACAUUUGGAAUCUUGCAAUUUGAGCCUUUGCACUGAUGAUGAAACUCCCACCCAAGAUCAUACCUUUACUAUUGAAAAUAUACAAACACAAACGGAUGAAACCUUUUACCACCUUAUGCCUUGUUAUCAUUCAACUUUUGUUCGAAAUGGGCCGCAAAGUCAUUCUACCCCAAUGUUGGCUGUAAUCGGUUCAAAGGAUUACCAAUUUUCAUUGUCACCAAAACAAUCAAAGACAAAAAAAUUAACCCUGUGUUUUAUAAUUCUUUGGCUCAUCCUUUCACAAAUUUAUAUUUUCCUCAAUAUUAUGUCAUGGCUCUUACAAAUUGAUCUUCAAAUGGACUUUUCCUCACAUUUAAAUAAGUUUGUCAAACCACAUUUUUGGUAUCGUGAAGAAAUAGAAAUGCCAAAGACAUCAACGCAACUUCUGCUGGAUUUUUUCAAGAGCUUAUGGUCUUGAGCAAUAAAUUGUUUACCAACUGUUUUUAUAUAUUUUAUAGUAAUUGAAUUAGAGAAUUAAAUAUAAUGCAUAUUGAUUAUAUUUUUGUUAAGAACUGGAUAUAAAUGAACUUAAUUUUGAAUCUCUUA